AUUUAUAUAUAUCUUAAGAGAAGACAAAGCAAUAGAUUUUUCUUGUUCACAAUGGGUAGAGAAGAAGAAUCCAAAAAGAUGGAAAUUGAUCUCUCUUUGAAGAUAGAUAGUGAUGAUGAGCAAGAAGAAGAAGUAGAUCGUGAGCUUGUUAAAGAGGAUGAUGAGAAGGAAGAAGUACAUGAAGCUACAGCUGGUGAAAUAGAAGAUGAUGAUGCUUCAGUUAUACAACUAUCUUUGCAAGAUGACACGAAAAUAAAACAGUUAAGUGCUUUAGAAAUGGAGAUGGAAAGUAUGAAAGAAGAAAACAAAGCCUUGAGGAAAGUGGUGGAACAAACAAUGAAAGACUACUAUGAUCUGCAAACCAAAUUUUCAGUCAUCCAAGAAAAUAAUAAUAAUAAAAGAAAGGAUCGUCAACUUUCUCUCUCACUACAAGACAAUAAUGCAGCCACAAGUGGUGAAGGACCAUCAAGAUCAUUUCAUGAGAUCUUUAGUCAAAAAAUUCAAAGAACUUCAUCUCCAUUACCACCAAACAAUAUUAGUGAAGAUGAUAGUAUAAGUGAGAGUGAUUUGGGUUUGUCAUUGAGGAUGCAGACAAUAAGCACGUGUCAGAGAGAUACUGAAGGCAAAAAAGAACAGUUGGGAAGUUUUGAAUCAGUGCAGAAUAAAAUGCAAAGGGUACAUGAGGUGCCUAGUGUUACUACUACUCAUGCUGCUUAUUCCCCUCCUAAUAGAAAGGCUAGGGUUUCUGUUAGAGCAAGAUGUGAAACUGCCACAAUGAAUGAUGGGUGCCAAUGGAGAAAAUAUGGACAAAAAAUAGCAAAAGGAAAUCCAUGUCCACGUGCCUACUAUCGCUGUACUGUUGCUCCAGGCUGUCCAGUUAGAAAACAAGUGCAAAGAUGUAUAGAUGACAUGUCUAUACUAAUUACAACAUAUGAAGGAACACAUAACCAUCCACUACCUGUUGGUGCAACUGCAAUGGCUUCAACAGCUUCAGCAGCAGCUUCAUUUAUGUUACUAGAUUCAAGCAAUCCUAAUAUUUCAGAUUAUGGUUUCACAACCCAACAAUCCUUUAAUCCUUACACUAAUAAUAGUUUUCACCACCCAUUAAACCAAUCUCCAAAUAUUAGAAGCAUCAACCCCAAUGAUCCAUCCCAAGGAAUUGUUUUUGACCUCACCAAUAACAAUAAUAAUGAACUCAACGAACAGCGACGAUUUUCUACUGCAGGUAGCUCCAGCUCCAAUAUUUCAACUGAUCAACCUCGUUUUUCUUGGAUGCAAAACAAAUACCAACAGCAGAGUAAUACUAGCAAUGCUAAUAUUACAAUGAACAAUUUUCAUAACCCUAGAGUAAUGGAUAUUCAUGAUAGGGUUUGGAAAGGAUCAGAAGAAAAUAAUAACAACAAUGUGUCUGCAAUUGCAUCAGAUCCUAAGUUUAGGCUUGCUGUUGCAGCUGCAAUUUCAUCACUCAUGAAUAAAGAAAGCAACAACACCACUACUCAUGGUAGCAACAAUUGAGUCAUUGAUCAUCAAUCUCUUUUUGGGAAUGGUAAGCCCACUAUAUGAUUUUUUUUUUCGCUACAAAGAAGUUAAUAAUAGUAAUAAUAAGUUUGUUUUGAAGACAAACAAAGAAGAAAGUGAAUGUUAUUAUGUAGCAAUAUAUUACAAUAGUGGUUAUUGGUUAACUAAGUGAGUUAAGUAUUAGAUUUUCAUAUAUAAACAAUUAUAUUCCUAUACAUAAGGCGGCUACUAGCAAAUUCUGUUUCACUUGUAAUCUGGCUUUUCUUGUUUACUGUUGUGAAGAGAAGUUUGUGUCAUUAGCUGAAUUAGAUACAAAGGAUUUAUAACAUAUUACUUAUUUAAGUAUAUAUUAGAAAGCCUUUCUUAUCUGGUUUGUGUCAUUCUUAGUUGUAGGGAACCAUCAUGUUAACCAAUGAGGUUGUAACAUGUCCAAAAAAAGUUGUGUAAAGAAACAAUGUUAACAACAACGAUAAGUAAAAUAGGUAUGAACUUAGACCUUUUUUUUUUUUUUUAUUUUUAUUUUUUACAAUAUCUUUAUAUUUGUUUUAUUAACUUUGCACCAGCUUAAAUUGAAAUAUCAAACUUUCAACGUAGACAAUCUCCUGACUAUAAACAAAAGUUAAGGACAAUCACUUAGUGAAGUUGGCUUAUACUUACCAUAGUCGGUGUUUUUUCAUGAUCAACUAUAUGUUGCAGUAUCAAGGGUUAUAUUAAGGAAGGGAUUGAAGAUUCUUUUAAUAGAUGAAAAUGGUGAUUGCAUGACUACGACUUCCAACGUAGUAUACAGAGAAGUUUUUUGAAAUGUGUAUUAAUUAAUGCACCGAUACGAUGAAAAAACGAAUUUUUGUACACCAAAAUAUUUAUAUAAUAUUGGAUCAAUAUUACGUGUUA